AUGAAACUAGCAGUGGCCCAAAGCUUCAUCAACAUCCAACCUGUAAUACUAAACCUUCAUCAAACCGCCGUAUACCGUCUUCCGCCACCACUUUCCACCAGUUAUCGCCAUACCUUCUCUCUCAAAUCCCACCGGAUCCAAACCCCCAAUCCUCAAACCACCACCACCACCCAGUACGAAGACGACGGCAUCCCAAUCGAACACGUAAAAACCUUAGUCAAAUUCAAAUCCCGACAUAACUACAUCCGAGUCCUCGAAGUUUCAAGGAUAGCAGACCAUCCAUUGGCAGGUUCCAGACUCCUCUUACUCGAUGCUCCCGGCAACAUCCACAGCAUAUCUUACCUUUUCAAGUCAAUCACCAACACUUAUUUUGAUGUAUUCGCAACAUUGCCUCCUCUUCUGCCUCCUGGACCAUUGGGAAUUCUCGGGUUUGGGGCCGGGUCUGCCGCGAAAUUGAUCCUCGAAACUUACCCACAAAUCAUCAUCCAUGGAUGGGAACUGGACUCAUCUGUGAUUUCGGUCGCAAGAGAGUACUUUGGACUUACGAAGAUGGAAGCAAAAUACCCAGAUCGGCUUUUCAUUCACAUUGGGAAUGCUCUGAAUGCGAGUAUCAAAGACGGGUUUUCAGGUAUCCUAAUCGACUUAUUCAGUAAAGGCGUUGUGAUACCCGAGCUUCAGAAUCCACAAACUUGGUAUAAUUUGAGGAAGAAUUUGAAGAUGGGUGGGAGAAUAAUGGUAAAUGUGGGUGGGAAUUGUGUGGAGCCUGAGGAUAUUAGCAAAGAUGGGAGUGUAAUAAUGGAAGAGACAUUGAAGGCAAUGCAUAAAGUUUUUCCUGACGAACUGUUUGUGUUGAGUCUUGAAAGUAGAAAAGAUGACAGCUCUCUUGCACUUACAGGUAAAUUUCCUGAUGAUAAUGAAUGGAAAAAAACACUGAAAAAGCCUCUUAAUUUUUAUGUAAAUAUGUGGGCACAGUAUAAGGGAUCAUGUUGA